CUGCGCCCCUCCCCACGCGCUCGCUUGGAAGGCGGACUGGGGAGCGUGCGCAUGCGCGUAGCGGGCGCUGGUGUGGGGGGCCGCCGGUGCCCGGUGGCAGCUGCGGAGCUGGAGGCGGUGGCCGCUGUGCCCCGGAGCUAGCUGUGCUGCAGGAGCUGCAGAAACUGCUGGCACUGUGCAGAAGGAACCUCUUGGACCAGCCCUUCCUCACUCUCUGGAGAUGGCGGGCGAGAUCACAGAGACGGGGGAGCUCUAUUCUCCUUAUGUCGGGCUGGUGUACAUGUUUAACCUCAUUGUGGGCACAGGCGCACUCACCAUGCCCAAGGCCUUUGCCACUGCCGGGUGGCUGGUCAGCCUCAUCCUGCUGGUAUUCGUAGGCUUCAUGAGCUUUGUGACGACCACCUUUGCGAUGGAGGCCAUGGCCGCAGCCAACGCCCAGCUCCGCUGGAAGAGGAUGGAGAUCCACAAGGAAGAGGAUGACGAAGACUCCUCCACAGCCUCAGACAGUGACCUCCUCAGCCAAGACAACUACGAGAGGGCAGAGAAACGCCCCAUCCUGUCUGUGCAGAGACGCUCAUCAGCCAGCCUGUUUGAAAUCACAGAGCGGGUGGAAAUGGGACAGAUGGCUUCCAUGUUCUUCAAUAAAGUGGGGGUCAACCUGUUCUAUUUCUGCAUCAUUACUUACCUGUACGGAGACCUCGCCAUCUACGCGGCAGCUGUGCCCGUGUCCCUCAUGCAGGUGACCUGCAGUGUCUCUGGAAAUGACUCCUGCGGCGUGGAUACAGACGCCAAAUACAACGACACUGACCUGUGCUGGGGGCCCCUGCGCCGGGUGGAUGUCUACCGGAUUUAUCUGGCCAUCUUCACCGUCCUCCUUGGUCCGUUCACCUUCUUUGAUGUCCAGAAGACCAAGUACCUGCAGAUCCUGACCUCCCUGAUGAGAUGGAUCGGACCAGUGCCUUCUGAGUGUGCCCCAGAAGGUGGGCAGUCGGUGGGACUCCUUUGUUGGACUUGCCUGGGGCUCUCCCUUAGGCCUCUGCACUUCCUCCGCCUCCAUGAGUGUUCCCCACCUCUGGCUGGCUUGUGUUCCCUGGAGGCACGCCUUCGCCAUCAUGAUCGUGCUGGCCCUCGUGCGCAUCGGGAAAGGACAAGGAGAGGGGCACCCGCCCCUCGCCAACUUCUUGGGCGUCCAGAACCUGUUCGGGGUGUGUGUCUACUCUUUCAUGUGCCAGCACUCCCUGCCAUCCCUCAUCACCCCCAUCUCCUCCAAGCGCCACAUCACGCGGCUGCUGUUCCUGGACUACGCAUUGAUCCUGGCCUUCUACGGACUCCUCUCCUUCACGGCCAUCUUCUGCUUCCGUGGCGACAGCCUCAUGGACAUGUACACCCUCAACUUUGCCAGGUGUGACGUCGUGGGCCUGGCAGCUGUCCGGUUCUUUCUGGGCCUCUUCCCCGUGUUCACCAUCAGCACCAACUUCCCCAUCAUCGCGGUGACCCUGCGCAACAACUGGAAAACACUCUUCCACCGUGAAGGUGGCACCUACCCAUGGGUGGUAGACCGCGUGGUGUUCCCCACAAUCACCCUGGUGCCCCCCAUUCUGGUGGCCUUCUGCACACAUGACCUGGAGUCCCUGGUGGCCAUUACAGGAGCCUACGCGGGCACUGGCAUCCAGUAUGUCAUCCCCGCCUUCCUGGUGUUCCUCUGCCGCAAGGACACCCAGCUGACUUUCGGCUCCGGAACCAUCAACAAGCAUAGGUCCCCGUUCGGCCACACCUUCUGGGUGGCCUUUGUGCUGCUAUGGGCUUUCUCCUGCUUCUUCUUUGUCACAGCCUACAUCGUCCUCAAGGAGACCCAGCUAUGACAGCAGAUGCGUCUGACAACAGGAGGCAGAGACAGCCCAGCUCCAGCCUCCCUGCAUCAAAGCAGGAUUUAGCCACCACCCAGGUCUACGUGAGCGUGAGCGCGCUAGGCUGGGGCUCUCAGAGGAGGCCGUCUGCAUCUCUAGCUGCUGUCCUCUCCCCACCCAGGACGCCACCCUGCAGGACAGCCCUCCUGCGUGGGAACAUGGUUGUUACACACAUUCCUCCACUCCCGCCACUGGAGGCCGGUUCCCUCCUCUGCAGUGGAGGAGGCAGUGCUGGCCCUGCUGCCGUGUAUACCAGACCCCGUGCCCCUCCAGCGUCCUCCACCGUCCACUAGCAGCUGCUGCCUCUUCAAAGGCAAAUCCCAGGCCCUGGCUCUCCUAACCUGGCCUGCUUCUGAAGGGCAGGGCCUCUUUCCUGCCAAUCCUGACAGUUGCUACGUUGUUUUUCCCCCCUAUGGGAGGCCUGGCCAGCUCUAGUGACAAGGACAGGAAGUGCUAAUUGGCACCGGGGUCCCUAGGCAAGAGCUGUGAGAGCUUCUGCUGUGGGUGCCAGCUCUGGCACAGCAGACAGGUGAAGCAUCCUUCCACGGGCUUUAAAGCCCUCUACUUGGGGCCCUGAAAGGGGCCCUAUGUCCCCUGGCUUCUCCCUGGGAACCCAGGGCCCCCCUGAAAUACAGGGUACCACUUGAGAAGCUGCCCUCAUCGCCUCAUCCACACCCACAGUGGUUGACCACCGCCCUGGACUUAGAACGGGGAGAGCACAGAGUGACCCUCUGCAAAAGGUCGGGCUGGCAUUAUGCGGCCCUGCUUGCUCCCAUGCUACAUUGCAACACUAAGGUGGUGACCCCUUAGGAGCCUGGUCGAGGGUGCUCAGUGGCCACACCCUCCAGGUCCCUGGCUACCCUGGAAGGAGGCCAGGCUCCCAGCUGCCUCCUGCUGAGUCACACGUGCACCCACGAGGCCCAACGCCUUGGAAUGAUGAGAGACUGAGAAAACUGCAUUUUCCAUGUGCCUUCUCCUUUGAGCACCAGGGAUCUGUCCUGACCCUGACUUGCUCCAACCCUGGGCCCAGUCCCACCUGUCCUGGACAGAACUGCCUCUGGGGUGGAGGGUCUCAGACCCAUGCCCCCACACCCUUGAUCUCAGUGCCUUGCUCCACCCUAGUGAGGGAACUUUCGCCAGACACCUCUUCCCUUCUGUCCCGCCAUAUUCAAAGCUUGAGCUCUGCUGUGUUCUUGAAUGUCCCAGAAUCCAAGGGGCUGUGCAGAACCUGCCAAGGAUGUGGGAUCCGCUGCCGCCCCUGGCCCCAGCAUCCCUGCCUCUGAGCAUCUCCAGGUCAGGGUGGGCCGGGCAGCAGCCUCUCAACGCUGUCCCCACAUCAGUAGUUCCAGCCACGUGGAAGACGGACAGACGUCCCUACACCGGUCUGCCAGUGCAGCGUCUUCCCAGGAGACCCAGACCUACAGUGGGCCAAGUAAGGAGAGCAAUACAGUAGCAGGCCCAGGGGUAAGGAACGACUGCCCGUCAUCAUCCGUGCUGUGCCGCCCCAGUCUCAGGCUGUUUGCAGAGAACUCAAUUAAAACAUCUGUACUUACCCUUCUCCCUCUCGCUUAAGGACAAAGCAAAUUACAUCUUCCUACUGCAACACACACACACCUCACCCCCACCCCCGGGCUCCAAACUGAAUUUUGGUGGAAAAUUUAUUAGCAUCAUAAAGCCCGAGUUGAUUUAUGUGGCAGUCUGGAGCCACACAGUGGGGCUGCUGCGUUCCCCACCCCCCAGGUUAAGUUAGGGAAGCCCCAGCCUAGGCAGGAGGAGGGACCAGCUGACCACAUCACUGAUGCCAGGCUGACCCUUCCCACUGUCUGGUUUCUCUGUUCCUUCAUCUCCACCUAUAGUCUGUUCUGCUAGAAGUCAUAUGAGGUCUUGUCACACCAGGCCUCUGUCGCCGGUAGCCAGGAGAGUUGGGCACAAAGAGGAGAGGACUCAGAGGGCUUAGCAUUUGUGGGUGACAUUUGUGACACACACAUACACACACACACACACACACACACACACACACACACACAGAGACAGGCAUCAAGCACACUAAGUACUUCCAUAUCACCCGGGUAAGGUGAUACCGGCUAGGUCACGGUAUCUGUUUGCAGAGAGGCCCUGGGGUCGGUGAUCCGGAGGACAGCAAGGAGCCCACCCAGCCUCGCCUCAGCUCUGAGCCUCAAACUCAGCAGUUGUCACUGCUGUCUAUCUGCAGUCUCUGGACCCAUCCCGAGGGCAGGGCAGGGCAGGUCAAGGUGGGAAUAAUGGUUCUCCACAGGGCACCAGGCCCAGCUGAGCAUCAGCACAGUGCCAGGAGCUCUGGCUGUGCCCCACCUGAGGCUGGUAGAUGGGGCAGAUGGCAGGUGACAGGCUGUGAGGCACUGCACAGUGGUAAAAAGUGGCAGUGGGCACCAGGCCAGGCCCAAAGCCACACAGCUGUCCUCACCACACGGGGCCAAGAGCAGCCUCAGCAACAGGCAGUGGCUGUCUCUUGGGGCUCUGGCUGAAGAGAAGUAGCCAGUGGCUCCAGACCCAGGGGCAGAAGAAGGCUGCUGUCUGUCUGAGGGGUAAAGUGCCAAGCAAGUAAAGUGCAGGGGCUGCUGGGAAGCUGACUGGAUAGCCAGGUGGAGGCAAGCCUGCUGCAUGCCUGGCACAGUGCUGGAUACAUUGUGAGGACCAAACUGUCAACCCCCAUACCCUGUGGCCUCUGAGCAGCAAGCAUCUGUAACCCCCUUGUGAGGACCUCCACAUCAUAGGUCAUGGAGACUAAAGGACUGAGCUUAUCCCAGCACCAAAGUCCUUAAUAAAGCUGCUAUUACCCA